UAAAAGGAUUUUCAACUCAUGACAUUCAGAGAUCUGGUCGUUGGAAAUCUGAUUCUUACAAAUCCUACAUUCGCAUACCAAAGUUUUAAUCUAAUUUUAGAUAUACAGACAAUAUGGUUGGUGGGUUCAUCAAUAAUCAAGCACGCCUUUUUGGAAGCUGUAUUAAGACCAGGUGGUACAAAUUUGACAUUAGAAAGAAAACACAUCUCACUGUGGUGGCAGGGUUAUAGUGGCCUCCAGUUAAGUAAAACUAAACAAAAGAUUAGAACUCUUGGAAAGGUGGGCCCUGUACCUAAUUUCAUCCUUAUACAUUGUGGGGGGAAUGACUUGGGCAAUGUAUCGAUCAGAAAAAUAAGGGUGGUUGCAAAGCAGUUGGUUUUAUUUCUAAGGAAUCACUUUCGAAACAGUAGGAUUAUAUGGUCAUUUAUACUUCCGCGUCUCCAAUGGCGCUAUUCAGCAAAUUUAAAAGCUAUGGAAAAUGCACGCAAACGGGUUAAUUCUGGUAUAGCUGCAAUUGUCUUGCAAUCUGGGGGCGCAAUAAUUCGCCAUUCAGACAUUAAACCUGAUCCAGCUUUAUUUUUACAGGAUGGGGUACACUUAUCCUCGUUGGGGAAUAAUAUUUUUCUAAACUCUCUCCAGGGGGGACUUGAGGCUAUCGUUGCCCAUGGUCAAUCCUGCUUUCCCAAUUAGCAAGGGUCCUGGGUACGGCUGUUCGUAUAUGCCGCUCUACCCCCACCAUGGUGGCGGAGUUCCCUGGAUGAGUUUCAUUCUGAUCCUCAUCUCAGGGAACUUGUGGCGUAUAAGUGGCAUUUUGGUAAUUAUAUUGUAAGCUUUGACCUCUGCACCUCCCAGGGUCAAUGCUUUCUAUAUAUAUAUAUGGUGAACUUUGAACUUUGAUGUUGUGAACUUUGAACUUUUGAUGUUGUAUGAACUUUGACUUACCACUAUAUGAACUUUGACCUUUGGUAAUGACCUUGAUAUAUGAUUUGCUUUGAUGUUGAAUGUUGUUUGUGCAUUUGAUUGGGGCAUGCUCUUGUCUUGGCUGCCCAUUGCCCAUAUGAUAUUGUUUGUUUUGCAUUUGAAACUAAAUAACAGCCGUGCCCAUAAUAUCGCCACACUUUAAUAAAAUUAAUUUCAAGUUACCAUUUGUUUGCGUUACACUUUUCUGAGAUAAUAUCACAUCCAAUUCUAUUCGAAUUGGAGGCUUUUAUCGAAGAAAGUGUUAAUUUCCCAUAUUACAAAAUCCAUAGAUCCGCCUAUAAUCCCUAUAAUCAAUUAGAGUUAUUCCCCCUGAGUCAACUUCCGUUAAUCCUUUUUCAUUCACAGACUAUAUGAAUGAGGUUGGUGCAAUUUUAAAGGAUAAUUUUUUGCAAAUUUAGAUAUUUAGAAAAAUACCCUCCUCACCCAACCCUUAUGCGAAUAGAUUUUUGCGCUGUGUUUUUCUUUCUAUUGCAGCUGUCCUACAAAAGGAUCACUUAAUAUCAAAUGGUACGGCUGUUACAAGAAAAAGUCUACCUGGAGACCAACUUAGAUGAACUUUUCGCAAACCUUGGCCACUGCUCCUCCCAGGGCCAAUGUUUCCUAAACAGUGACUGAUAUAUAAACGACAAGUAAAGAAGGCACAUAAGCGGCAUGUAAUUCGUAAUAAAUAUAUCGUAAAUAACACCUCUGGCGUAUAAGCGGCAUUUUGGUAAUUAUAUUGUAAGCUUUGACCUCUGCACCUCCCAGGGUCAAUGCUUUCUAUAUAUAUAUAUGGUGAACUUUGAACUUUGAUGUUGUGAACUUUGAACUUUUGAUGUUGUAUGAACUUUGACUUACCACUAUAUGAACUUUGACCUUUGGUAAUGACCUUGAUAUAUGAUUUGCUUUGAUGUUGAAUGUUGUUUGUGCAUUUGAUUGGGGCAUGCUCUUGUCUUGGCUGCCCAUUGCCCAUAUGAUAUUGUUUGUUUUGCAUUUGAAACUAAAUAACAGCCGUGCCCAUAAUAUCGCCACACUUUAAUAAAAUUAAUUUCAAGUUAC